AUGUCGAUCGCGCUGAAGAGCGGGCCCGGGCUAGCCGGCGGCGGGGGCGCCCGGUUCGGCCGCGCCGCCCGCUGCGGCGCCUACGCCUCGCCGCCGGCCUCGGGCGGGCGCGGCGGCUCGUCGGGGGGCCGGGACAGCGACAGCCCGGCGGCGGCGGCGCAGUGGGAGUGGGACGGCGAGGAGGUCGAGGGCGGCGACGGCGAGGUGCAGAGCAACUACAAGGGGCCCUUCGACACCAUGGACGCGCUCAACGAGGCCCUGCCCUUCAGGAAAGGGGUAUCCAAGUUCUACAAUGGCAAGUCCGGAUCUUUCACGAAGCCUCCAGUUGCUGUGAUCCCAUCUCCCCCACCGGUGAAGGGCCUUCCGAAGCCAGAAACCCCAUCCCCCAGGAAGCGCAAAGGUCUUCUCCCAUUCAGUUUCAAGUGGGGCAAAGCACAGAGCAAAGAGGUGUACCCUGAAGAUGAUGUAGCGGACAGCCCCACGACUUGCAGGAGGAUGACAUUGUCUCCGGCCGCCACAAGCAGCUCAGGGAGCAACAGCGGCAGCGACGAUGAAGCUCAGAAGCUGCCUUCCCGACGAUCGCACAGGAAGCCUGGCAACGCCGUGGGCGCCUAUGCUUCCCCGCCUGCUCCUCGUCCACCGAAGCUGCUGUUCCCGGCCCACACGAGAUCGCAGUCGAUGCUUGAGCUGCAGGACGUGUCGGAGUCGACCGCCAUGGUCUCCCCCAGGGACAAGCGCCGGAAGAACUAG